GGUAGCAGAGAGAGGCGUCCAUUGGGGAUUAGGAGAAUCCAGACUCCAAAGGAAGAGGGGGAAAGCGGGGAAGUCGAAGAAGAAGACAGCAGAAAGACGCUGCCACCUUAUCUUUCACUUCAGGCUUGCUCUCAGCCAGCAGCCACGGUCAGUUAAGAUGGUUCCCGGAUAUGAACCAAUAGGAGGAAGCUCUUCCCUGAUUGGUGGAUCGGCAAUGACAGGUGAGCUGAACCAAUCGCCCUCUUUGAUCCUCCACCUCAACCGCGUUGGAGAGGGCAUUCCCCUCGCUUGUAUUCUGUGGCGGAGCAGAGCCGCUCUUCUCUUCUCUGAAAGCUCCUCUUGCUUCCCUUUUCUUCUCUUCGCUUGUCCAUAUCUCUAUAUUAUGCACGCAAGAACACAUGAUCAAUCGAUUGGAUGGAUCUCGGGUUGGGGAGACUCGUACGCGGAUCCCCCUCCGACCUCGUUGCUCCAAGGACGACUCUCGAUUCCCGGAGAAUAGCAAGAACGAUAAAGUUGAUAGGCCGUCUAAAGACUGGGACAAGGUUUGCACAAAAUUUCGGAAGCAGGGAAAGAAAUCCAUGUUCUCAGAGUUCAAGCCAGACAAAUAUGUCAACUGGAAUCCAAGGGAUUCUGAUUACCCAUUGUCAGAAGAAGUUGAUCCCAUAAAAAGAACAGAGAGGCCCAACCUCAUGCUGUGGACAAGUCCAAAGUUCACCCUGGCAGGAGCUAUCGUCAUGGUCUCGAUGCUUCUCAUUUACACUCUUUAAGCCCCACUUAAGUGAUCUCUUUGACCCCUAUUAGAAUCCAUAUUAAAGUCUUGUGUACAAACAAGCAUGAUAUAAUGUGGAUAUUUGGCCAUCAGAAACUGACUCCAGCAUCUAAUAUUUGUACCUGCUUUCUUUUGUCACCCUUUGUUAACCUUGCUCUUUUUGUCUCUCAAAUCCUGGCUACCUGUUAUUGUAUCUAAGAAAAUGAGGGAAAAAAGGCUCGUCGAUGCAUUUUAUUUAUACUUCACAUUGGAUAAGAUAAAAUAGCUU